GCGUGGCCAGAGGGGGCGUGGCCCGGGGCGUGGUCGCGUCGCACCGCCCGCCUAUAAAGGCCGUGCGCAGGGGCGGGCGCCGAGCAGAGCGAGCUGCGGCCCGUGCAGCGGCAGGGCUCGCGGCCCCGGAGCAUGCGCGACAGCUGCCCCGGAGUCCCCCGCCGCCCCGCCCGCGGCGCCCCGCGCCCCGCCGCCAGCGCACCCCCGGACGCUAUGGCUCACCCCUCCGGCCGGCCCCGCGUGUAGGAUGGUGGCGCACAACCCGGUGGCAACCGACCAUGCGGCGUCCACGGCAGCCGCGCGCCCCGGCCCGGCCCCGCCGCCCGCGCCCGGCGACACGCACUUCCGCACGUUCCGCUCGCACGCCGAGUACCGGCGCAUCACCCGCGCCAGCGCGCUGCUGGACGCCUGCGGCUUCUACUGGGGGCCGCUGAGCGUGCACGGGGCGCACGAGCGUCUGCGCGCCGAGCCCGUGGGCACCUUCCUGGUGCGCGACAGCCGCCAGCGCAACUGCUUCUUCGCGCUCAGCGUGCGCAUGGCCGCGGGCCCCACGAGCAUCCGCGUGCACUUCCAGGCCGGCCGCUUCCAGCUGGACGGCAGCCGCGAGAGCUUCGACUGCCUGUUCGAGCUGCUGGAGCACUACGUGGCGGCGCCGCGCCGCAUGCUGGGGGCCCCGCUGCGCCAGCGCCGGGUGCGGCCGCUGCAGGAGCUGUGCCGCCAGCGCAUCGUGGCCGCGGCCGGCCGCCACAACCUGGCGCGCAUCCCGCUCAACCCGGUGCUGCGCGACUACCUGAGCUCCUUUCCCUUCCAGAUCUGAGCGGGCCUCGCGCGGGUGCCCCUCCUCCUGGCCUGGCGUCCCCCUCCUGGCCUGGGCGCGGGUGCCCCCCUCUCCUGGCCUGGGUGUCCCUCCUGGCCUGGUGUCCCCCUCCUGGCCUGGGCUCGGGGUGCCCCUCCUCCUGGCCUGGUGUCCCCCUCCUGGCCUGGGCGCGGGGUGCCCCUCCUGGCCUGGUGUCCCUCUCCCGGCCUGGUGUCCCUCUCCUGGCCUGGGUGUCCCUCCUGGCCUGGUGUCCCUCUCCUGGCCUGGGUGUCCCUCCUGGCCUGGUGUGUCCCUCCUGGCCUGGUGUCCCCCUCCUGGCCUGGUGUCCCUCUCCUGGCCUGGUGUCCCUCUCCUGGCCUGGGUGUCCCUCCUGGCCUGGUGUCCCCCUCCUGGCCUGGGCGCGGGUGCCCCUCCUGGCCUGGUGUCCCUCUCCUGGCCUGGGUGUCCCCUUCCUGGGCCUGGGGAGCCCUGGGUGCCCCUCCUCCUGGCCUGGGCGCCUCUACCCCCUGGGCCUGAAGAGCCCUGGGUCACCCCCACCUCUGUGGUUCCUCUACUCCCGGCCCCCUCCCCGAGCCUGGUGGCCCACCUGGGCCUCAGGAGGGGCAGACAGCCGUACCCCCCUUGUUGUAGCAGCUUAGCUGUAUUCCGGGCCAGCCCGGCGCCUACCUCUUCAUGUUUCUUCAUGUUUACAUUCGUCCAGAAUCUUUGCACAGACCAGGGGUUUGGGGGAGGGUCUCUGGCGCCUAUUUUUCUGCUGUGCAGAAACCUAUUUUAUAUUUUUUACACCAGUUUUGGUAAUAAACUUUAUUAUGAAA